CACCUGGUUGUCUUGUUCAGCGUACGUAUUCAGCGUAGGUGAUAAUCACACGAUGGCAGGAGAGCAGGCGUACCACAGGGGAGGAGUCCACGGCGGCGGCAGCGCCGUCGGGGAGGAGUACAUGCGAGCGAUCCGCGGCGACGACGACUACCACAACAACUACUACGGCCAGCAGCAGCAGCAUCCGAUGGGCGUCACGGUCACGAAAGCCGUGGCGGCGGCGGUGGCGGCGGGGUCGAUGCUGUUCCUGUCGGCGCUGACGCUGACGGGCACGGUGCUGGCGCUCGUCGUGGCGACGCCGCUGCUGGUGAUCUUCAGCCCCGUGCUGGUGCCCGCCGCCGUCGCCGUGUCGCUGCUGGCGGCCGGGUUCGUGUCGUCGGGCGCCUUCGGGGCCGCGGCGAUGGGCGUGCUGGCGUGGAUGUACAGGUACUACGUGUCGUCAUCGGGGGAGUCCUCCUCGCCGCCUGGGGCAGAUAAGGUGGAUUAUGCCAGGGCCAGGCUCGACUCCAAGGCGCACGACGUCAAGAACUGGGCGCAGAACCGCCUCGACCAGGCACGCACGCAGUAGAGUUGUGUUCUCGGCCCGUGUAAUGCACUUGGUCCGCGGCCGGUGCUGUCGCCUAUGAAUAAUGAGUUGCAGAUCUAGCUAGUUUACUACUACUUGCAACUUCUGGAAGAGGACAUCGUGAGGUUUUUAGUUAGCGAUCCAUGGAAACCAACUGAGAAUAAAUCCCACUCUCAGUCAGAGCGAUGCUUACUAAACUGAGACGGGAAAGCAGAGCGAACUUAUACCUUGAUUCCACA